UGUGUUUUCUGUUUCUAGGGUGUCUACCAAUUCUGCCACCAUUUAAACACAAAGCAUUCAACCUUUAUCUUGCCAUAUAUUUCUUCAAGAAAUGGGUGCAAGAAUCUGUGUUGUUAUACUAUUCUUUUGGGCACUUCUCACCAUCGUCACACCUAUUCUUGUUCACCUGUCCACCAAUCCAAAUCUCAUGGAAUGUUACGAUGAAGAGGAGUUGGUUGACUAUCAAAGUAGUAUAGGGUUGAGGUUCUGGUGGAGAAGAAAAUGUCGAUAUACCGAAGGUCCUCUUGAACCGAUAUCUACACCAACACCGGCACCAACAUCAACACCUUACGAUAAUCGAAGGCCUCAAUAUUAUAUGAUGGAAAUAAAGUGCAAGAAUUCGUCUAGAAAAGUUUUAGUGACAGUUCAACAACAAUAAUAUUAUGCAUAGUCGAGCUAAUUAAUGAUCAAUGUGGAGAGAAAAACUAUGGAAGUAAAAAUCCGGUGUAUAAUUUUAUUGUGUAUAUAUGAUCGUUCAUCCUGCAUUUUUCAUGGCAGGUCUUUGAUUGAUUUCAAGUCUUUGUUUUAUAUUUUGUUACAA